AUGUCCGAGUCGACAUCAACGUCGAUCGACGCUGGCAUUGCCGUCGCUACCGCACCGAACCCCCAAGAAACUCCCGUCGCGAAUGCGCCUAUCGAAACAAAUACCAAAGAUGCUCCUGCAACCCAAUCUGACCCGGCCUUUUUGCAUUCGCCUCCCGAUAGUAACAACAUGACGAAAUCUGAUGGUUCGGACUCUGAAUUAAGCGACCUGGAAGACGAACCCAUUCUAAGCGACCCGCCACAACCUAUAUCUUCUGGCGAUAACGGCGCAAGCGAUGAAAACAAAGAAAAGCCCAACGAUGAUAUUGGUGAGGUUCUACCAGACCAUUGGUCUGGUGCUGUACCUAUCUUCAAACCUACCAUGGACCAGUUCAGAGACUUCAAGCGUUUCAUGGAAGCUGUCGAUAGCUACGGUAUGAAGUCUGGUAUCAUCAAAAUUAUACCCCCGCAAGAAUGGAAAGAAUCUCUACCCAAACUCGACGACCUAGUAAAGCAGGUUAGAGUUCGAGAACCUAUUAAACAAGACAUUAUGGGAUCCAAUGGAACCUACCGUCAAGUCAAUAUCCUUCACGGGCGAUCCUACAAUAUUCCCCAGUGGCGCCAACUCUGCGACCAAAGUGAACACCAGCCUCCAGCAAGACGUGGCGAGCGUCGCGCCAAUGCCGAGAAGCCUAAGCCACGAACUCGAGCCGCUGCUAUACCUAAACCUGCGGAUCCUUCGAUGCCAAAGAAGAGAGGUAGAGGACGACCCGCCAAGCGAGGAGGUAGGGGUGGAAAGCGGGUCAAGCAGGAACAAGCAGAAGAUGCUGAAGACCGACCUAUGACACCCGUCUCACCUAAGCUUGAUGCUCCUGAGACUGAGGACAACCCUGUAGAGUCCGUCGAGAAGGACCCAGGUGAGGAGGUGGGCGACGACUUUGAGCCUACGGUUGGUCGCAUGGGCGGUUCCCGACAAGCAAGGACCAAAACUCAAACGGUAUCAGCCCGCCGUAAAUAUAGUCGCCGAGAGGGAUCCGCUAUGAUCGACGAAGCUGCUUUCAAAGACUGGGACUAUAAGAUGGACGUGUCAGAUUAUACUCCUGAACGUUGCGAGGAGCUCGAGAGGGCAUACUGGAAGACACUCACGUAUGCACCUCCGCUCUACGGUGCUGACCUUAUGGGCACCCUUUUCGACGAAUCGACCGAGGAGUGGAACCUAAACAAACUUCCUAAUCUUCUGGAUGUCUUGGGAACAAAGGUCCCGGGAGUCAACACAGCCUAUCUUUAUCUAGGCAUGUGGAAAGCCACGUUCGCCUGGCAUCUGGAGGAUGUUGAUCUCUAUAGCAUCAACUACCUUCACUUUGGUGCUCCGAAGCAGUGGUACAGCAUCUCACAGGCCGAUGCUCGCCGCUUUGAAGCUACGAUGAAGAAUGUGUGGCCCACGGAUGCCAAAGCCUGCGACCAGUUUCUUCGACACAAAGGAUUUCUCAUCUCACCUCAGCACCUCAAGUCGCAUUACAACAUCACAGUCAACAAAGUCGUUUCGUAUCCUGGAGAGUUCGUUGUUACCUAUCCAUACGGAUACCAUUCCGGCUAUAAUCUUGGCUACAACUGUGCUGAGGCCGUCAAUUUCGCGCUGGAAUCUUGGCUUGAUAUCGGCAAGAUCGCCAAAAAGUGCGAAUGUGCGCAAGCGCAGGACAGUGUCUGGGUUAACGUCUACGAAAUCGAACGCAAGUUGCGCGGCGAAGAAACGGAAUACGAAGAAACCGAGGAUGAAGAGGAAGAAGAUGACGACGAUGAUGAACAAGCUGGCUUACCAACACCACCGUCCACUUCAGGCGUCAAGUUCAAGGAGACAGGUCGCAAGCGAAAACGCGGACCUGGUGAGAAGGGAGGCAAGGUGAAGGUCAAGAAGAUCAGACUUCGUCUCAAGACUAAAGCCGAACCACCCUGUUGUCUCUGUCCCAAUGAUAUCCCGACAUCGGAACUACUCCCUACAGAUGAUGGUCGUAAGGCCCAUCGAUUGUGCGCACAUUAUCUGCCGGAGACUUACAUCGAAGCAAUAGACGGGAAAGAAACCGUUGUCAACGUUGCGGAGAUCCACAAAGACCGAUUUGAUCUCAAAUGUCUGUAUUGCCGCUCCAAGCGCGGCGCAUGCUUUCAGUGUUCUCAAAAGAAAUGUGCCCGGGCUUAUCAUGCGACAUGUGCAGCCGCUGCCGGUGUUUUCGUAGAGGAAGAGGAAGUGCCAGUCUUUGGCGAAGAUGGCACAGAAUACAAGGAGCAAGCUUUCGAGUUCAGUUGUCGAUUCCAUCGAACAAAACGAGACAAAAAGCUCGAUGGAGACGCGUUGGAGGCAGACUCGCAAAUCCGGGCAGCAGCUUCAAAGCUUCAGUCAGGCGAGACCUGCCAAUUGCAAUACCACAAGGGUGAUAUUUUCGCUGGUGUGGUGGUUGAGAACCGGGCUGACGAGCAAACAUUGCUUCUUGAUGUUUUACCAAAUGGUGACCGUCUCGAAGUUGAAUGGAAAUGGCUUCUGGUGGCUGACCCAGCGGAUUAUCGACUCCCCAAAGCAUCAGAAAAGGCUAUCCCGAUGCCUGUGUCACAAAAGGCUAAAGACAAGCUGAAGACCAAGCGCUUUGACGAUGGCAAGCCCCAGAAGGACGACCCAUUCGUUGAAGGCUGUACUUGGGCUGAGUUCCAGCUACAGGCUGUCACGAAUAAGGAGCAGAUCAAGAUCAAUUUCUCAAAGCCUGACCAGGUCUGGCAUUACUUGCCCAAGACGUCAACCGAGGCCCGCGCUCAGUUCACUGAAGAUCCCGGUCAGAAACGUCAUAAUCCUAAGGGCAACUUCCUCUCCACGGUUCCCAAAGCCCAGAAGCCCCCAAAGUCAGUUCCGGUAUACGCUCCACGACAGCCUUACCAGUCUCCUGCCCCUUACCCUGCCAGCCGAUUGGACAAGCCAUACGUGUAUAAGCCGCGGGUUGGCACCGAAACCAAUUUCCCUGCUAUGGGUAGCUUCACCACUCACAGGUUUACACCAGCUGCUCCUUCGCCCGCUCCUAACCAGCACCAUCCUGUAGCGUAUCACUAUCCGUACGCACAAACUGCGCCCGUAGGACAACAACUUGCACCUACAGGACAGCACUCUGGCCCGACGUAUUCUGCUCAGAGGUUCGAGGUGAGGUCUUCCCCGGCUUAUACGCCACCUGGAAGGGCUCCUGCAGUGCAAGCCCCUGUAAAUAACGUGGCACCACACUAUCCCCCACAUAAUCAGUGGCCAAGAACAAAUGCUGCCCCUCUUCCUGCGCCUGCGCCUACUCCUGCUGCAGCAACGCAUCCUUACCAUAGCGCCUACCAAGCUCCAGCACCAGUAACAUACCAACAGGCUCGCCCUAUGCAAUCGCAUCCUCAGACCAAGGGUACUUGGCAAGUAUAUCCGUCAAUCUAUCAGAAGUAUCCCUUCUUCCAGGUCAACCACAAUAGAGACUCAAGCAAAUACCGAACACCAUAUGCUGCUCAGAGGGGAUUCGCAAACGGUUACGAGCUCAACCCAAAGGCUCAUAUGAUGGCCAAUCAAGGCGCCCUCCCGAGAGGCUCAAUGCAGGACCGAUCCCUACCAAGCAACCAGAACUACGGGGCACAUAACUCACCAUACCAUCGUCCAUCGGCUACACUACCGCCGGUGUCGUCUGGUUCGCAGAUGCCCCUUGGUGGUCAGCAUCAAUUCAGACAACAACCGACCGCGAGGCUAGUACCAGCUCCAUCGCCAGGGCCAAGCCCUUCGACCUUUGGCCAGUUACCUCGUCCUGCUAUCAAGGCGCAGUAUCUACCGCCUAUGCAGACCCAAACACAGAUGCAGGUACAGACGCAACCGCAGACGCAGACGCAGAUACCAACACCAACCCCGAAACCCAUGCCGAAGCAUCAACGAGAACCUGAGCAAAUCGCACAACCUCCCAAUCAAAACAGCAAACCCAAGACUGCGGCAGUCUUCAAGCCGUACAAGAUACCACCCAAGGAGUCGCCUGUGCCAUUGCCAGCAAACUUUUUGGCGGCAAUGACACCAACGCCGAUUUCUCCUGCUAUUAGGCAACCUGCUCUGCAGCAGCCCGAGAGCAAAGGCUCGCCCAUCACGCCCAAGUCCGCGAAAAGGUUGCAAGGACCCCAACUAUCGGCAUCGAGUGAACAUACUGUAAACAGACAACCGUUUGGUGCCAAGGUUUCCAACACGCCGGUGCCGAUUCCGCGAUUACCGGGACUUGUUCAAAAGUCAGCGUCUCGACCACAACAGAAUGCCCCGCUUCACUCUCCAGCAGUGCUUCAAGGCCACUCGACCGAAUUUCCACCUUCUCAAAUAGGGGGUCCGGUGCUGACUCCUGAAGCGGCCAGGCGACAAGCCUAUUUAGCAUCACAGGGCAAUGGCCAUUCGACUGCGAAUCAGGAAUGUGCAUCUCACACGGCAACACUGGCAAAGAACGCCCCAUCUGGAACCCAGGAAUUUUCAGACGUUCCGGGAAAAGAAUCUAUGGAAUUCAUGGAUCGACUUUUGACCAAUAUCCGUACGAUAGCUCACCGUGAUGAAACGGCCUAG